AUGAGGCAGAUGGCACUGAGACGUCUACAAGUCCAACAAUCGGAGGAUGCGGCAGCGCAGGCUGCAGUGACGCCGAUGGCAUUGACAGUUGCCCCCAUUCCGUCGCCAGUGGCAGAACCCCCUAGAACUGGCAUACCUCUCCAACCGGUAUAUACUCCACCAGGCACGCACGAGGGGCCACCACCACCGGCCCCAAAAUGCCGACCAGCGCAACCAUGGAUGACCCGGCCUGUACGGGGAGGGAGGAGGAUAUGGUCACCCCUGCAGGCCUCGAAAGGCGAUCUCAAGGUUAGCAGCGGUAGUUAUCACGCGCUCCAAGAGGACGAGCUGGAUGAGACCGAAACGUCCUCGAAUUCUGUUAAUAGCGAUACCCAUGAUCUGCCAAGGCAAGCAUCAAGUAAGAUGACGGAUCGGGAUGCGUCUCCCAAGAAGGGACCACCCACGUUGACACCUGAGGAUCUAGCACGACAAACAGCAGCCGCCAGGAGAGGACAGGUGUCUGUUGUUGCGGGCCCAACGCUUUUGGCCAAUAAACGCCGGGAGCGUUCAACAUGUGAGCGGCUAAUUAAACAGUUGUCACUAGGGACAAGUCACGCGAUCCCCAUGGAACCAAUGCCUCAUGCUGAACCCAUGCAUGUGACAGAAUCGGUACAGAUUUUGGGGCUCCGUGAAGUCGCCACACCGGCCACGGGCAAUUGUUUGGCGAUAGCCAUAGCUCAAGCUCUCGCAGAAUCUGCUUUGGACAACCCUACCAAGGACCUUGAGAUUUUAACGGCUAGUAUUAAACGGGGAAUCUCCAACGCCGGACUACUAAAUUUGGAGGAUCAAAUGGCUCGUGACGUACGGGUUCAUGCUUUAAAGAACGUUGGCAGAGCCUCCCCUUCCAACAGAGAAGCCCUGGUUGAGGAGCAUAUCUGGGGUGGAAGUGACAAUCUUGGAAUGGCAGCCAAUUUUUUGCAUCGCACUAUCUAUGUGUUGAACUGUGGCCGCGGAACGGGUAACUGGAGUGGUCGCAAGUAUUGUUCUGCUACGAUCAACAGACACGGUCGAGUAGUGGAAACUGCCAAAUAA